AAUGAAACAUUCGGGAUCUAUUACAUCUAGAAUACAUGAAUCAAGUUUGAUGGACUCAAUUUUAGAUUCAACCACAGCAAGAUAACCUCAUUCCUUAUGUGAAGAUUCAAUAGCCUUCAUAUUAAUGGCCUAAAGUGCCAAUGACCAUAUAAGAAUUAUAAGAGUAUAAUCAUAUAAUUUAAAUAGAGGAAAUUAUUCAAUCUACUAAAGAAACAAGAAAUAGACUUCGUUAAGGCAUCCAAGAUUUAAGGUUGAGUCUAAAUAAUCUUGAACAUACAUAAUAAAGAGACAUACUUAAUACUGAAUAUGAAAUGACAGUCAAUGUUAAUAAAUUGAAAACUGUAAUAUUUAUUAAUAUAACUACAAGAAUCUAUUUUAACUUAUAUAAGAUUAGAGAGAAUAAAACAAUUAAUUUGAUUAAUAGAUAGUCUCCUUACAAUAAGAUUGUGAUGACAUUGAAUAUCAAAGUAACAAAUUGGAUUAGAAAUUAUAAUACAUGUGUAGUAAAACAGGACAAUAUUAAUAUGUUGAUUAUGAUAACUAUAUUCAAUGA